UCACUUCUGGCGCUCACUUUCUUUCAAAGUUUCCAACUUUCUCUCGACUCGAGCCUCGUGUUUGUUAGAGCGAGAGACGGCGCAUGCGACUGCGAGCUUUCAUCUGAAGUUGCAGCCACAGUUUGGUACGACUGAAGCCCGAGCGACGCCACUUGUGAAGCCGCCGAGAUGACGUUUUUUUCCGGGAAGCAGCAGGUGUUUCCGGUGGACUACGAGGCCGAUGUCUCGCAACGGCUCCUGGAAGCUUCGCUAUCCAGCGAUCUGAAGUCGGCGAUCGAGUGCAUCGCCGAUCCGUUCGUGGACGUGAACUUCGUCGGCGCGGUGUGCUUCAAGAGCAGGAAGACCGAGCUGGUCCUGCAUGACGAAUCGCCUAUUGAGGUCCGCGUGGACUACGAGGAGUUUAAGACAGACGUUACCGCCUUGUUCCUUGCCGUCCAUGCGGGCAACGUCGACCUCGUGAAGAAGUUGCUGAACUCUGGAGCUGAUGUGAACCAGAAACUCUUCAGGGGCUGCGUGACAACAGCAGCAGUAAGAGAGGGACAUCUUGAGAUUCUUGAGAUCUUACUUAAAGCUGGGGCGUCACAGCUAGCCUGUGAGGAGGCUUUGCUGGAGGCGAGCUGUCAUGGCCAUGCAAGACAUUCAGAGUUGCUCAUGGGCUCUGACCUCAUCCGGCCCCACGUUGGUCGACAUGCUCUUGUCACUGCAUGCUUCCGGGGUUAUGUGGAUGUGGUUGACACUCUCAUGAAGUGUGGUGUAGAUGCAAGUGCAUCUGACCGGUUCCUGCUCCAGUCAUCUAAGCCUUCUGUUCACACGAAUGUGGACUGUACUGCACUUGCUGCGGCUGUGAUUGGCAGGCAGGUUGCCAUUGUCCGCUUGCUGCUCCAGGCUGGUGUUAGGAUGGAUAUCAAAGAGAAGUUGGGGGCCUGGUCUUGGGACAUGGCUACUGGGGAAGAAUAUCGAGUUGGUGCAGGGUUGGCAGAGCCCUAUGCCAUCACCUGGUGUGCAGUGGAGUAUUUUGAAGUGAGUGGUGCAAUCUUGUCUGUGCUCCUACAACACCUCUCCCCCAAUAUCCCACAUUAUGGGAGAAGUCUCCUUCAUCAUGCCAUCCUAUGUGGCAACGCCGGUGCUGUCAAGGUUCUCUUGAAUUGUGGUGCUAAUGUUGAAUGCCCUGUCAAGACAGCCAAUCAAAAUGAAUUCCGUCCUAUACACAUGGCUGCCCGCCUUGGAUUAUCAACUGUACUUCAUUGCCUAAUUGACUCUGGUUGUGAUAUAAACUCAAAGACAGAUUCUGGGGACACGGCCCUGAUGAUCUGUGCAAAAUAUAAGCAUGAAGGGUGUGUCAGGUUAUUGGCCAUGGCCGGUGCUGAUUUUGGCUUGGUAAAUGUUGCCGAUCAGUCUGCCAUUUCGAUUGCAGGGUCAAACCGGUGGUUCCUUGCUUUCCAAGACACUGUGUUGGAUGCAAUAAGAGCCACGAAGAUACCCAGAUCCAGCAAUAUGUCGGUAUUCUCUCCCAUAAUAUUUGCAGCCCAAGCUGGUGAUAUUAAGGCUUUGGAAAUCCUGAUUGACUGGGGAGCAUUUAAUCUUGAUUAUCAGGAUGAAAAUGGUUUCUCAGCAGUAAUGUUUGCUGCUCUGAAGGGUCAUGUUGAAGCAUUCAGGUUGCUUGUUUAUGCAGGGGCCGACGUAAAGUUGCAUAAUAAAUACGGCCAAACGGCAAUCGCUUUAUCUGAGUUACAUCAGAGCCAUGACUUAUUUGAGAAGGUAAUGCUUGAAUUAGCCCUUGAAAAGGGCAACCGCAAUCCUGGAGGGUUCUGUGCUUUACAUUGUGCUGCUCGUCGUGGGGACUUGGCUGCAGUCAAAUUGCUUACAAGUAGAGGUUAUGAUGUAAACAUCCCUGAUGGGGAAGGCUACACUCCACUCAUGCUAGCUGCAAAGGAAGGUCACGGGGCCAUGUGUGAGCUCUUGAUCUCGCGUGGGGCCGACUGCAACAUAAAGACUGCUAGAGGCGUAACAGCACUCUCUCUUGCAAGGACAAUCGAUGGCAGGAAAAAUGACGCGAAACACGUGAUACUAGACGAGCUUGCUCGCAAGCUAGUAUUAGGUGGUGCCUACGUACAGAAACACACCAGGGGAGGGAAAGGAACCCCACAUGUGAAGGAGAUGAGAAUGAUAGGGUCUGCAGGAGUGCUGCGAUGGGGGAAGUCAAGCCGGAGAAAUGUGACCUGCCGGCAUGCUGAGGUGGGGCCGAGCCCAAUUUUUCGGAAGAACAGGAAGAAGGGUGACGCUGAUGUACCUGGAGUGUUUAGGGUGAUGACCACAAGGAACAGGGAGGUGCAUUUUGUAUGCGAGGGUGGGCUUGAAACAGCUGAGCUUUGGGUGCGGGGCAUAAAACUUGUGACGAAAGAAGUUAUUUUUGGCGAGCACAAGGAUGCAUAGAUGGUUGAGGGUUAAGAAGAGGCCAGAUGGCAAUAAUUUGUAUAGUGAUAUGGAGAGCUACUUCAUCUUGAAGUAUCCUUGCUUUUUAAUUGUAAAGGGUUUCGUUGCCA